GACACCAGCCAGGCAGCCCCCAGGGCCAGAGCGUCAGCGCCCAAGCCAGGCUCAUCCGGGAAGCCACUCCGGUGGCCGCGGGGUGCCCAUGCCAGCACCAGAUCUCUCUUCGGAAGGAGGAGCGGGGCGGGCUACACGGCCAGACGGGCCCUCCCCUUCAGGCCGGGUGGGCCGCGCGCUUGCGAUUUUCCGUCCGUGGUCCCGGGGCAGCCCGGGCCAGCCCAGGAGAACCCGCGAGCCCAGCGGCGCCUGCACCUGCGGCUUCCGGGAGCCGGGCGGCCCCCGCGGUGCAGGCGCGCGCCUAACGGCUUUGCGAGGCUCACUAGGUCUGAGAGGUCGGAGGCCGCCAGUGUCGCUGCUGAAGGGUGGACCAGGCGGGAUCGCGGAUUCUGGGCUAGAUCGCAGACUUGCCGCAGGGGCCGGCGGUCCGGGGCUCCCUAGGCCACGUCUACAGGGGUUCGGGGUACCGAAUCGGAAGAUCCACAGGGCGCUGUCAAGGGCGAAGCCGCGGAGGUGCAGCGCUGCCUGGCGUGCAGGAGCAGAGACCUGGAAGCCGGGGACACGCAGCACAGGCAGUGGGGAGGUGCCUAAUGAGAGAACUGAUUCCGUGAGUCGGCCGGGCGCGGUGGCUCAGGCCUGUAAUCCCAGCACUUUGGGAGGCCAAGGCGGGCGGAUCACGAGGUCAAGAGAUCGAGACCAUCCUGGAAUUCGACACCAAAUUUUGGAACUUAAAAAGAAGAUUCUUAAAACUUACAAUCCAGUGUGUUGUGACGAGGAUCAAAUAGUGUAUCCUAAGAUGCCAGGGGAAUCCACCGUCUGCCACCGCGAGCGUGAGAAGCCAAUCACCUAUCACUGGCAUCACUGGCAUCCCGGCCAUAUAUACCCUAGAAUUGCAUCAAUGGAAGAUUACGAUGAGGACCUGGUGCAGGAAGCUUCAUCUGAAGAUGUCCUGGGCGUUCAUAUGGUGGACAAAGACACAGAGAGAGACAUUGAGAUGAAACGGCAAAUACGGCGACUACGGGAGCUCCACCUAUACAGCAUAUGGAAGAAGUACCCAGAGGCGAUGAAGACAUCCUUGGGAGUUCCACAACGUGAGCGUGACGAAGGCUCCUUGGGCAAGCCAUUGUGUCCACCCGAGAUACUCUCGGAGACGUUGCCAGGCUCUGUGAAGGAAGGUGUACGCUUUCCAUCAGAAGAUCAUCUAGAGGAGUUUAUAGCAGGACAUCUCCCUGAAGCAUCCAAUCAGAGUUUCCUCACUGUUGCCCAUGCAGACACGGGCACCCAAACCAACGGUGACCUGGAAGACCUGGAGGAGCAUGUGCCAGAGCAGACAGUCUCUGAGGAAGCCACAGGGGUUCACAUGAUGGAGGGGGACCCAGACACACUGGCCGAACUUCUGAUCAGGGAUGUACUUCAGGAGCUGUCCAGUUACAACGGCGAGGAGGAGGACCCAGAGGAGGUGAAGACAUCCUUGGGAGUUCCACAACGUGGUGACCUGGAAGACCUGGAGGAGCAUAUGCCAGGGCAGACAGUCUCUGAGGAAGCCACAGGGGUUCACAUGAUGCAGGUGGACCCAGCCACACCGGCAAAGAGUGACCUGGAAGACCUGGAGGAGCAUGUGCCAGAGCAGACAAUCUCUGAGGAAGCCACAGGGGUUCACAUGAUGCAGGUGGACCCAGCCACACCGGCAAAGACUGCUCCUCCGGACACUCUGAUGCUUGCUUCACAGAAUUGGAAGACUCCACCAUUACAGGCAGCCACCAGCAGAUGUCAGCAAGUCCUUCCUCUGCACCUGCAGAAGAAGCAACAGAAAAGACCAAAGUGGAAGAGGAAGUGAAAACCAGAAAGCCCAAGAAGAAAACCAGGAAGCCCAGCAAGAAAAGCCGGUGGAAUGUCCUGAAAUGUUGGGACAUUUUCAAUAUAUUUUAGAGACCUCUGAAGAUUCCUCGAACACCAGGAAGGGCCCCGAUGUGGGGAUGUCAACAUGGCUCAGACUUGAUAUGGAUCGUGAUCAUUUCGGGAAAUGUGUUACUCCAAAAACUUUUAUAAUCUUUGCUUAAUUUGUUUUUAAAUAUUUUCCUGGCUGGGCGUGGUGGUUUAUGCCUGUAAUCCCAGCACUUUGGGAGGCCGAGGCGGGCGGAUCACAAGGUCAGGAGAUCGAGACCAUCCUGGCUAACACGGUGAAACCCCGUCUCUACUAAAAAUACAAAAAAUUAGCCGAAUGUGGUGGCAGGUGCCUGUGGUCCCAGCUACUCGGGAGGCUGAGGCAGGAGAAUGGUGUGAACCUGGGAGGUGGAGCUUGCAGUGAGCCGAGAUUACGCCACUGCAUUGCAGCCUAGGUGACAGAGUGAGACUCCGUCUCAAAAAAAAAAAAAAAAAAAAAAGCCAGUGCCAGCUUAGACCAUGACUGAGAGCUUUGGUUUAUCUUAUCCUUGCUGAGCUGAGUGUUGCAACAUUGAAACCUUCUGCAGUGUCCUCCCUCCCUCUCUCUCUCUUUCUCUCUCUCUCUCCUCCCUUUCUUCCUUUUACUUCUCUUAGGAUAGGCUCGUCUGUACUUUUUUGAUAGAGGUAACCAUUUGCCACACCAUUUUCUGAAGGGCCUGCUCUCUUCCCAUUCAUUUGUGAUGGCACAUUUAUCCUACCUUAAGCUUUGAUAAUGUGUCAGGAUCUUUCUGUCCUGUCCUCUCAAAGAGGUUAAAUAUUUUUUUAUAAUGACUUUUAAUUGACUGAAGUUAUAAUAGUUGUCUCAUGUCAAGUAUAAAAACAGGCCAGGUGAGGUGGCUCACACCUGUAAUCCCAGCACUUUGGUAGGCCAAGGUGGGUGGAGCACUUGAGUCCAGGAGUUUGAGACCAGCCUGGACAACAUGGGACAACCCCAUUUCUACAAAAAAAAAAAAAAAAAAAAAAUACAAAAAUUAUCCAGGCGAGGUGGUGCACGUGUGUAGUCCCAGUUACUCGGGAGGCUGAGGUGGGAGGAUGGCUUGAACCCGGGAGGUGAAGAUUGCAGUGAGCUGAGAUCACACCACUGCAUUCAGUCUGGGCAAUAGAACGAGACUCCAUCUCAAAAAAAAAUUCUAUACUUUAUUGACUCAUUUAUGUCUGAUAGGUAUUUUUGAUUACAAAUUGUUUAGUCACUACUUUAAAGCCUGCUUUACUUUUUAUUUUAUUUUAUUGACUUAUUUAUGUCUUAGUCUUUUUUAUUACAAAUUAUUGUUUAGUGACUACCUUAGAGCCUGUUUUGUUUUUUCUUAAUUUUAUUGACUCAUUCAUAUCUCAGCCCUUUUUAUUACAAAUUAUUUAUUGUUUAGUCACUGCCUUAGAGCCUGUUUUAUUUUUUCUUAAUUUUAUGAAAGGAUGAUAUUGAUGAUGAAAUGUCUUACGAUGAUCAUUUAGAGGUUUAUUUUGAACAACUGGCAAUUCCAGGAAUGAUGGAAUAAAACAUACGAAGUAGAAGGACUGGAACCUCCAGAAAAAAUACUUUAAGUUACCUACAGGUGACCCUAGUCGGGUAUGAAUUGAUAAGAAAUGCCUGCACCUUCCCUCCUUCCUAUCUUUCCCUUGCCUACAGAAAAUAUAAAAGGCAAAACAAUAGACAUCUGCAUAUUCUUCAUUCAGAUCAACCAGUGGCUAGCAUUUGCCACCUUUUGCAGUUUCUUUCUCUUUCCGCAAAUGAAAACAGUAGCCUAAAGUGUCAGUUUCAACCAGAAAAUAACAGCUCUGAUUUCUCAUGGCUCACACUCUUCUGAAACGGCUCAGGAAGAGGCUGAGGAAGGCCAUGUUGUUUCUCUACCUGGGACUACACCUACUGAAAGAAGUUCUCAAGUUCUGAUUGAGUUCUAAAAUUUUUUGAAGAUUGGAAUUCUUCAUAUUGUCUCAGCAAGAGGAAUGCGGUAGGAGAGCAGGGUGUCAGCAAGAAAACAUGUGAGCCUUUCCUUUCGCUGCUGCGGCCGCAGCCAUGAGCAUGCUCGGGCUUCGGAAGAGGCUCGCCUGUAGUGUCCUCCGCUGUGGCAAGAAGAAGGUCUGGUUGGACUCCAGUGAGACCAAUGAAAUCGCCAAGGCCAACUCCCGUCAGCAGAUCCGGAAGCUCAUCAAAGACGGGCUGAUCAUCCGCAAGCCUGUGACGGUCCAUUCCCGGGCUGGAUGCUGGAAAAACACCUUGGCCCGCCGGAAGGGCAGGCACACGGGCAUAGGCGAGCAGAAGGGUACAGCCAAUGCCCGAAUGCCAGAGAAGGUCACACGGAUGAGGAGAAUGAGGAUUCUGCGCCGGCUGCUCAGAAGAGACCGUGAAUCUAAGAAGAUCGAUCGCCACGUGUAUCAGCCUGUACCUGAAGGUGAAGGGGAAUGUGUUCAAAGACAAGCGGAUUCUCAUGGAACAGCCACAAGCUGAAGGCAGACAAGGCCUGCAAGAAGCUCCUGGCUGACCAGGCUGAGGCCCGCAGGUCUAAGACCAAGGAAGCAGGCAAGCGCCGUGAAGAGCGCCUCCAGGCCAAGAAGGAGGAGAUCACCAAGACUUUAUCCAAGGAGGAAGAGACCAAGAAAUAAAAGCUCCCCCUUUGUCUGUACAUACUGGCCUCUCUGAUUACAUAGAUCAGCCAUGAAAAUAAAACAAGCCUUAAAAAAAAAAAA